UUUUUACUGUCCGACACCAAGAGGUACAUGGUGUACUUUUCAGAUGACGACAUUCAGCAGCCGUCUGUGAUUGAAGAAGAGGUUCUCCCUGAGCGACAGGACUGCAGCUCCAGUCUGGACCAGGAGGACCCAGAGCCCCUACACAUUAAAGAGGAACAAGAAGACCCAGAACCCCCACACAUUAAAGAGGAACAGGAGGACCCAGAGCCCUCACACAUUAAAGAGGAACAGGAGGACCCAGAGCCCUCACACAUUAAAGAGGAACAGGAGGACCCAGAGCCCUCACACAUUAAAGAAGAACCAGAGCCCCCACACAUUAAAGAGGAACAUGAGGACCCAGAGCCCCCACACAUUAAAGAGGAACAGGUGGACCAGGAGCCCUCACACAUUAAAGAGGAACAGGAGGACCCAGAGCCCUCACACAUUAAAGAAGACCCAGAGCCCCCAAACAUUAAAGAGGAACAGGAGGACCCAGUGCCCUCACACAUUAAAGAAGACCCAGAGCCCCCACACAUUAAAGAGGAACAGGAGGACCCAGAGCCCUCACACAUUAAAGAAGACCCAGAGCCCCCACACAUUAAAGAGGAACAGGAGGACCCAGAACCCCUACACAUUAAAGAGGAACAGGAGGAACUCAGGAUCAGCCACGAAGGAGAGCAGCUUCAAGAGCUGCAGGAGGCUGGUAUCAAGUUCUCAUUCACUCCUGUGAAGAGUCGAGAUGAUGAAGAGGAAGCUCAGUUCUCAAAUUCCACAAAAACUGACUAUAGAGGGGCAGACCAUUUGAAAACAGAAGCAGAUGGAGAGGAAGUCGGAUCCAGAUCAGAUCCAGAUAGUCCUUUACAACCAACUUCUGAUGAGACUUCACAAUCCUCUGAAUGUGAGAUGGAUACUGACGAUUGGCAGGAGAAUCAGGCACCUCAGUCACAUUUAAACCCUUUGCAAAACAAUGAAGUACCUGUAAGUGACAUCAACCGUAAAGCUGGAAAAGCAUCAGUCAGCGCCUCUGAAUAUGCUGGAAGCUUUGGCCACAAGAGACUGCCGAAGAGACACUCUGAAGCCAAAACAGGGGAGAAACCAUUUAGUUGUUCAGUUUGUGGUAAAACAUUCAGACGUGCAUACACUCUAAAACGACACACAACUGUCCACACAGGGGAGAAAUUAUUCAGUUGUUCAGUUUGUGGUAAAACAUUCGGAGAAGCUCAAAGUCUGAAACGACACUCAACUGUCCACACAGGGGAGAAACCGUUCAGUUGUUCAGUUUGUGGUAAAACAUUCAGAAUAGCGAGCCAACUAAAAGGACACUUAACUGUCCACACAGGGAAGAAACCGUUCAGUUGUUCAGUUUGUGGUAAAACAUUCAGACUAGCAAGACAAGUAAAAGCACACUCAACUGUCCACACAGGGGAGAAAGGGUUCAGUUGUUCAGUUUGUGGUAAAACAUUCAGACAACCGCAAGCUCUGAAAAGACACUCAAUUGUCCACACAGGGGAGAAAGGGUUCAGUUGUUCAGUUUGUGGUAAAACAUUCAGACAACCGCAAGCUCUGAAAAGACACUCAACUGUCCACACAGGGGAAAAACUAUUCAGUUGUUCAGUUUGUGGUAAAACAUUCAGGGUAGCGAGACAACUAAAAGUACACUCAACUGUCCACACAGGAGAGAAACCGUUCAAUUGUUCAGUUUGUGGUAAAACAUUCAGAAUAGCGAGCUGUCUAAAAGAACACUCAACUGUCCACACAGGGGAGAAACCGUUCAGUUGUUCAGUUUGUGGUCAAACAUUCGGACAAGCAAGAAGUCUGAAAAGACACUCAACUGUCCACACAAGAAAAACUAAAUAGUCGUUCAGUUUUCUAUAAAAGAUUCUCUCUUCUCUGAUUUAAAAAAAUCACAAUUGUAUUGAUGAGAUCAUCAUAAAUAAAUGAGAUGUGGUUAAAUACUUAAAAACUGGAAUGGUUGAUACAAACUCCACAAUACGUUUUUUAGCUAAACUGAAGCUGCACAUCAAUUUAAAUUCUUUGGCCUCUCAUGAUGCCUCCUGCCUGGUGGGCCGGCCUCCUGGCUCCGUGGCCCUGUUGAUGCCCCUCCCUCUCCUCUCUACCUCCUUCUGUUUUCAAGGAUUGGGGAGUUUUGGAUCGUGGUCCAUGCCUAGUACGAACUAUUCAUACAUUCUGUCUUAUUCAUUGAAUGUGUUUAUGUAACGCUGAUGUUUGGCCAAAGGUCAAGGAUGUUGUAUUUUUACAGAUUUCAAAGCCCUCUGAGGCAAAAAAGGGAUUUUGGGCUAUAAAAAAAUAA